AUGGUUAUUAUCCCGGCCCGUACGCGAUGCCUCCCCCACCACCCCCACCACCACCACCGCCGUGCUCUUGCGCGCCAUAUCGGUGCGAUGGAAGAUGUAGGUCUGACCGUCGCCGGUCUGACUGUCGCCAGUCUCGACCGCGGCGCAGAGGCCAAUCGCCAUACCGCCAGGAGUCCAGGCGGCGUCGAUCAAGAUCGCCAGAGCCCAGAAGGCCAGGAAACUCGCAGUCGCGGAAUCCAUCUGUCAGUCCUGAAGGCACAAACAUCAUUACAUUCAGUGAUGGUACCCAGCUCCCCCUCAGGGCUAGGCAGGUGCCCAGAAUCCACAUAUAUGAACAGCAGUCUGACGAUGGGACAUCGACGCUGACGUCGAUCAACUCCAAUACCGGCGGAGGCCCUCAUACAAACAUCGUCUCAGUCGAGCAGGAUCCGACGACCGGCCAGCCGGUAGUGGAUCUGGUCUUCAAUGACCCUAAGCUCCGGGAUAUAAACGCCAUCGCAAGCCACCUACAGUCAUUGUCUGAUCAAGGCGCAGUUAGGAUUACAAUGCACGCGUUACAUCGUCGCAAGAACAAGAACGACCCAAAGAGGUUGAUCCCGCCCUGGAUAUCCGAGCCGAUGGGUGGACAAGAUUCUAUCGUGCCACCACCUCCACAGAAUGAGGGUAACUCCGGUACAGAGGUUGACACACGUAGGUCCACAAACGCAACCCAAGCCCCAGGGAACAUACCCCAAGCCCCAGGGAACAUACCCCAAAUCCCAGGGGACACUUCACCUGUCAUGGCAAACCCGCCAGCUCCCCAUUACGGCGUGCUUGAUGAUAUAACGCGUGAUAGUGCAAGAAUGUCGGAUUCAGUCACGACAGAUUCAAAUAUGCCUCAGGAGCAACCAGGUGACGGUAAUCCGGAUCCUCUAAGCGACCUACCUAGAGUUCCACCAGAGCCUAAGGAUUACGUCGAUUAUAGUGACGAUGAAACAAAUGAUCCGAAUUAA